CGGAGCAAGAAGCGCACACCAAACGGAACCGAAAGAACACCAGGCAUCGAUCGACAGUCCAAGAAGCAAAGAACGCCGAACCCUCUCUCCCAGCUGACUGACUCAGCUGUUGCUGCUGCGAUCAUGGACAAGAUCCUGGCUUUCUCCAUCCUGAGCUCGUCCCCUGCCGACAUCGCGGCCGGCGGGUACUCCACCAGGCUCUCGUGGAGGAGCUCCGGCGGCAAGCAGCAGGAGGUGGAGAGGGCGCCGAAGCAGGAGAAGGCCGAGCGCCAGAGCUCACGGCCGGUGACGGAGAGGAAGGUGAAGACAACGGCGCGGUUCGCGCCGGAGUUCGACGGGAUCAACUGCUUCGAGUCCAUAGUUUCCUUCUGAGCAGUGUUAAUUCCCCCUUUUAUUCUUUUAUUGCUCGGUGAAGAGAGUUGUAAUUUGUACAGAGCUGCAUACAGCACGCAAGUGAAUGGAUGAUCAUACGUUCGUUUGACUUAUUAA